AUGUUCUGUCUAGCUGCCAUUCCAGUGAAAUGGGCUAUCUGCUUUACUUUGCUGCGCAUAGCCAAUGGCAAGAAGGCAUAUGAAUGGUCGAUAUAUGCCAUCAUGGCCGCAGUCGCUGCCGUCAUGGCUUCAACGACUAUAUAUGAGUUCUUUCAUUGCACACCUAUCGCGAUGAAUUGGAGAGCGGUGGAAGGUGGCUCUUGUAAAGCUCAAAGCAACAUCACUGGGUUUAGUUUUGCUCUCUCGGCGGUUUCCAUCUUCUCAGAUUGGUUCUGCGCCAUCAUUCCUAUCCCACUACUCUGGAAUGUCCAGAUCGACUUCCGGGUCAAGAUAUCCAUCAUCGCGCUCCUCGGCCUCGGUAUAUUCGCGUCGACUGCGGCCAUCGUUCGUCUCACCGUGACUGUCAACCUUAGUGCGACAACGGACUUUCUCUACUACGCUAUGCCAGUAGCGGCCUGGGCACAUGCAGAGCUAGGUCUUGGAGUAGUUCUUGCUAACCUUUCGGCUUUGCGCCCGCUCCUCGAAAAGGUGCUCGACAUCGGUUCCGCCUUGCGCAGCGGCAGCAAGAAGCGCACCGGCGAUCAAGCGUCCGGCGACCGAUAUAUGGAGCUCGAAGAGGGUGUCCGCAAUAGAAAGUCCGCGACACUAUCAAAAAGGCUGAGUGUCAUGAAAGGAAACGGUGCAACAAGUAGAGGCGAAGAAGACUUGGACGGUAAUUCAUCCCUGGGAGAAGAUGACAGGUCCACAAGAAACAUUAUGAGCACAGAUGGACGACCAAAUGCACACAGUAUUCAGGUUGAUCAUGAGUAUGAGGUCAGCUACGAGAGUGGGAAAGGCUCAUGA